AAAAAUGCAAGUUAAAGUUUGACAUUUCGUUAGUCACACAACAUUCAUUCCGCUUUUAUACAUCUGAACCGUAUUCUCAUUUUUAUAAUUUGUGUGGACCGAUUGUUUUGAACGAUUUGUUGGCAUUUUCAUUUCAACUAAAAUCGUUUUGUGAUCGACUGAUUAUUUACGUUAUUUAGUUGAACCAAAUUGGCUUUCUUUUGAUCGAUUGUGGUGAUUGAAUUGGAUUUAAAUAUUACGAACAAUGGCAUUGCACGCGGGAGCUAUGUUGAUCGAUGAAAGCGAUACCAAGAAACCCGUUGCACACAAUCCAUUGGAACAGUUUGUACUGUUGUCAAAAGGAACAAAAGGUGCUGCGUGCCGAGAUUUAAUCAAAACCGUACUUGAAGCUCCCGGCGUCUUUGUAUUCUCGGAACUAUUGGCACAACCAAAUAUACGCGAGCUGGAAAACACACCACACGCCAACUAUUUGAACACAUUGAAUUUGUUCGCCUACGGUACAUACAAAGAGUACUUGGAAAAUAAAAGUUCACUCAUCGAACUGACUGAUGGAAUGAAAAAGAAACUAAAACAUCUCACAAUUGUCACAAUGGCUAUUAGUAAUAAAUGUAUUGCAUAUAGUGAUUUGCUCGAACAAUUGGACAUUGGUUGCGUUCGUGAACUUGAAGAUUUGAUCAUUGAAUCGAUUUAUGCUGAUAUUAUUCAUGGAAAAUUGGAUCAAAAAAACAAACAGUUAGAGGUUGAUUAUGCAAUUGGUCGUGAUAUUCGAGCGGAAGAUGUUAAACAAAUUUCAGCUACACUGCAAGAAUGGUGCGAUUCAUGUGAAUCUGUUCUUCAAACAAUUGAAAAUCAAAUUGAUCGCGCCAACACUGCCAAAGCCACACGCACCAAACACAACGAAGACUUGGAUGCAGAGAUUGCCAAUUUGAAGAAAACAUUGAAAACACAUUUAACCGAUAUUGAUGAAGACUAUGCGAUGGAUUACAAAGAAUCGACGUCAUCAACAACAACGGCAUCAACCACAGGCGAUCCCCGCAUCAAAAAGAACAAAUGUAAAAUUAUGAAACCAUCGAGCGGUGGCGGCCUUAUGAAAUUCCAUCGAUAAUAAAUGAUUGAGCCACCAUUCACGUUUAUUUGCCGUCUCCUCUUAACGAAUGGAACAACUAUAUGAAUUUGGGAGUUGCUAAGACGCAGGCUUCCAAGUUGCAAGUAAUCCCAAAUAACUCAACGGAUCAACAUAAAUAGAGAAAAAAAAAACUAAAAAUGAAAAAAAUAAGAAGAAAUUUUGAUUUUUUGUUUUG